CCUGCCGGGCGCACGCGAGCCGGCCGUCCAAGCCGUGAGUUGGGCGGGGCGCCGCGCUGACGUUGCCCGGGAUGCGGGCAUGUUCCGCAGCCGUCUUCGCCGCCUCCGCCUCUCCUGCCACCCGGGUUUGUAUGAAAACGGCGGGCCGCGGGCGGCGGACGGCGGGAGAAGGGCGGAGGGCGGCGAGGAACCGCCGUGCGCCCCGGGAGUCACGGGCGCCGAGGCCGAGCGCAGUGCCCAAACCGAGCCGAUUAUCUGCAAUGCUGGAAUGAAGUAACUCAAGAUGAGCAAGCUAAAAGUGGUAGGAGAGAAAAGCCUUACCAAUAGUUCUCGGGUUGUGGGACUCCUGGCUCAGCUGGAGAAGAUCAAUACGGAUUCCACAGAUUCAGACACUGCCAGAUAUGUUACAUCCAAAAUUCUUCAUUUGGCUCAAAGUCAAGAAAAAACAAGGAGGGAAAUGACAACCAAGGGUUCUACAGGCAUGGAAGUUCUGUUGUCAACAUUGGAGAACACGAAAGAUCUUCAGACUGUACUUAAUAUCCUAAGCAUUCUCAUUGAGCUGGUAUCAUCUGGUGGGGGUCGAAGAGCGAGUUUCUUAGUUGCCAAAGGUGGUUCACAAAUACUGUUGCAACUGCUCAUGAAUGCCAGCAAAGACUCUCCUCCACAUGAGGAGGUGAUGGUGCAGACUCACUCCAUUCUUGCCAAGAUUGGACCAAAAGAUAAGAAGUUUGGAGUGAAAGCCCGAGUUAUCGGGGCGCUGACUGUGACUCUGAGCUUAGUGAAGCAGCACUUUCAGAACUACCGCUUGGUUCUGCCUUGUCUUCAGCUCUUGCGAGUCUAUUCUACCAACUCUGUGAACUCGGUAUCUUUAGGUAAAAAUGGAGUUGUUGAGUUGAUGUUUAAAAUCAUUGGACCAUUCAGUAAGAAGAAUUCUGCUCUCAUGAAGGUUGCUUUAGACACUCUCGCUGCAUUGCUAAAAUCAAAGACAAACGCCAGGAGAGCAGUGGACAGAGGGUACGUUCAAGUGCUUCUUACCAUCUAUGUAGAUUGGCACCGGCACGAUAAUCGCCACAGAAACAUGCUCAUUCGGAAGGGGAUUCUACAGAGCUUAAAAAGCGUCACGAACAUCAAGUUGGGCAGAAAAGCAUUUAUUGAUGCAAAUGGGAUGAAAAUUCUGUAUAACACUUCUCAAGAGUGCUUGGCGGUCAGGACUCUUGAUCCUCUUGUCAACACAUCCAGUCUGAUAAUGAGGAAAUGCUUCCCCAAAAACCGCCUGCCGCUCCCCACCAUUAAAAGUUCUUUCCACUUCCAGUUGCCAAUUAUCCCUGUGACUGGACCUGUGGCCCAGCUCUACAGCUUGCCGCCUGAAGUGGACGAUGUGGUGGACGAGAGUGACGACAAUGAUGACAUUGAUUUAGAAGUGGAAAAUGAGCUCGAGAAUGAAGAUGACCUAGAUCAAAGUUUUAAGAAUGAUGAUAUUGAAACAGAUAUUAAUAAAUUAAGACCCCAGCAAGUACCAGGACGAACAAUAGAAGAACUAAAAAUGUACGAGCACCUUUUCCCCGAGCUUGUUGAUGAUUUUCAGGACUAUGAACUGAUCUCUAAGGAACCCAAACCUUUUGUGUUUGAGGGGAAGGCUCGGGGCCCCAUUGUAGUUCCCACAGCUGGAGAGGAGGUACCUGGGAAUUCAGGGAGCGCAAAGAAAGGAGUGGUAGUGAAGGAGAGAGCAAGUCCUAAAGGAGAGGAAGCCAAGGAAGAUGCUAAGGGCCACGACAGGACACUGCCGCAGCAGCUGGGUGGCCAGAGCAGAGCGGCCGCCUCAGCCCACAGCUUCAACAAUGAUCUUGUGAAGGCCUUAGACCGAAUCACACUGCAGAGCGUUCCUUCGCAAGUAGCCUCGGGCUUGAACGCAGGAAUGAGGAAGGACUUUGGUCUCCCUCUCACUGUCCUCUCAUGCACGAAAACUUGUCCUCACAUGGCUAAGUGUGGAAGUACUCUUUUUGAAGGGCGGACAGUACAUCUUGGGAAGCUGUGUUGUACUGGAGUUGAAACUGAAGAUGAUGAAGACACUGAGUCCCACUCGUCAACAGAGCAGGCCUCCUCUGUUGAAGCAUCUGACGGACCGGCACUGCACGACCCAGACCUCUAUAUUGAGAUUGUGAAGAAUACGAAGUCUGUUCCAGAAUAUUCAGAGGUGGCUUAUCCUGAUUAUUUUGGACACAUUCCACCUCCCUUCAAAGAGCCUAUUUUAGAAAGGCCUUAUGGUGUACAAAGGACAAAAAUUGCCCAAGACAUUGAGAGGCUGAUACACCAGAAUGAUAUCAUAGACCGCGUGGUGUACGACUUAGAUAACCCUACCUACACCACUCCAGAAGAAGGAGAUAUUUUGAAGUUUAACUCAAAAUUUGAAUCUGGGAAUCUGCGCAAAGUAAUUCAAAUUAGAAAAAGCGAGUACGAUCUCAUUCUCAACUCUGAUAUAAACAGUAACCAUUACCAUCAGUGGUUCUACUUUGAAGUCAGUGGGAUGCGGCCUGGUGUGGCAUAUAGGUUCAACAUCAUCAACUGUGAGAAGUCCAACAGUCAGUUUAAUUACGGUAUGCAGCCACUUAUGUAUUCAGUUCAGGAGGCACUAAACGCCAGGCCAUGGUGGAUCCGUAUGGGUACUGACAUUUGUUACUACAAAAAUCACUUCUCAAGAAGUUCAGUUGCUGCAGGCGGACAGAAGGGCAAGUCCUACUACACAAUCACCUUCACUGUGAACUUCCCGCACAAAGACGAUGUUUGCUAUUUCGCCUAUCACUAUCCAUACACAUACUCAACUCUGCAGAUGCAUCUUCAAAAAUUGGAAUCGGCACACAAUCCUCAACAAAUCUAUUUUCGAAAAGACGUGUUGUGUGAAACCUUGUCUGGAAACAGCUGUCCUUUGGUAACCAUAACAGCGAUGCCAGAGUCCAAUUACUAUGAACACAUCUGUCAGUUCCGAACUCGCCCUUAUAUUUUCUUGUCUGCUCGGGUCCAUCCUGGAGAAACUAAUGCAAGCUGGGUCAUGAAAGGAACACUGGAGUACCUCAUGAGCAAUAGCCCGACUGCCCAGAGCCUACGGGAGGCUUACAUUUUUAAAAUUGUCCCCAUGCUAAAUCCAGAUGGUGUCAUCAAUGGAAAUCACCGCUGCUCCUUAAGUGGAGAGGAUUUGAACAGACAGUGGCAAAGUCCAAACCCAGAGUUACACCCCACAAUUUACCACGCCAAGGGGCUGCUGCAGUACCUGGCCGCGGUGAAGCGCCUACCUCUGGUUUAUUGUGAUUACCAUGGCCAUUCUCGAAAGAAGAAUGUAUUCAUGUAUGGCUGCAGCAUCAAAGAGACAGUGUGGCACACCCAUGACAACGCGGCUUCCUGUGAUAUUGUGGAGGACAUGGGAUACAGGACUUUGCCGAAGAUACUGAGCCACAUUGCUCCGGCAUUUUGCAUGAGCAGUUGUAGCUUUGUGGUGGAAAAAUCCAAAGAAUCCACAGCUCGGGUUGUCGUGUGGCGGGAAAUUGGAGUUCAGAGGAGCUACACCAUGGAGAGUACUUUAUGUGGCUGCGAUCAGGGUAGAUACAAGGGUUUACAGAUUGGGACUCGAGAAUUGGAAGAGAUGGGAGCAAAAUUUUGUGUUGGUUUAUUGCGUUUGAAACGACUGACUUCUCCAUUGGAAUAUAAUCUGCCCUCCAACCUGCUUGACUUUGAAAAUGACUUAAUUGACUCAAGCUGUAAAGUGACUAGCCCCACCACUUACGUUUUGGAUGAAGAUGAACCUCGGUUCCUUGAAGAAGUUGAUUACAGUGCAGAAAGCAAUGACGACUUAGAUGUUGAAUUAGCAGAGAACACAGGUGAUUAUGAGCCUUCUGCCCAAGAAGAAAUCCUUUCUGACUCUGAGGUAUCAAGAACACACCUGAUUUGAACUUUCUUCCAUCUUCAUUAAUUGCCAAGAAGAAAUGAAAUGUCUUGGUUUUCAUUAUGUAGGAAGUUGAGAGGGACAAGCAUUUAGACAGCUGACUCAAGACAAAAAGGAACUUGGGCCUGUUUGGUUUCAAGACAAUAAAUAUAUUAUUAAUUCAUGAUAUAAUUGGCAUUUGUUUUAUUUUAGAUAUUCAAUGUUCUUUAUAUAGCAUUGAAUUAUCGUUCCAAUUUUUAGUAUGUGUGCUGCCGAAGCGAGCACAGCAUUGAAUUAUCAAAUGAUAGAUUUACUUAAAAAAAAAAAAAAAAAAAAACCCAAGAAUCAUUGCAUGAAUUUUUAUCUCCUGUGGCACUUGCAUCUAGUAGAUAAAUUCAAAGUGUGUCCGAAUACAAAAUCUAAAUUAUAGAGUGUUGAAAAAUCACUCUAUCUGUACAUGGAUUUCUGCAGACAUGUCUGUGUGGAGGUGUAGUUACUGAAGAUAACUGUACAUGGAUUUCUGCAGACGUGUCUGUUGGGGUGGGUAGUUACUGAAGAUGACUGUACAUGGAUUUCUGCAGACGUGUCUGUGUGGAGAUGGGUAGUUACUGAAGAUAACUGUACAUGGAUUUCUGCAGAUGUGUCUGUGUGGAGGUGGGUAGUUACUGAAGAUAACUGUACAUGGAUUUCUGCAGAUGUGUCUGUGUGGGGUGGGAAGAUGACUGCCCUCCAGAAGCAUGUGAACUGUGUAUUGUGGCUAGACUAAUCCAGAAUUUGCCUCGAAUCCAUCCCAUUUUACAUUUAUCAAGUUAAAUAAAAACUAUAUCAGAUUCUG